CACACACACACACACACACACACACACACACACACACACACACACACACACACACACACACACACACACACACACACACACACACGUGUAGCCUGGAAACCGAAAGCUUAAAACAGUAGGUUUCAUUUUCGAACUAGCCUUCUUAGAUUCUGACUUUAGACAAGCGUUGCAUUGGUCUGCUUUGUUGGGUCUCUGUGGUUAACAUAUAGAAAACCAUGCGUGGACAUUAUCAUUUAUUUAGAUAAUUGCAAAAAUUACCUGGUUAAUAAUGCGCUGAUGUUAUGGACCUUGCAUGAGGCGGCCUAUUUGAACGAAGGCUCGUUAAGUACGCUUCUAGGUGUUAUUGUGAAUGAGCUUUACCAAGUCAGAGAACAGGCUACUAUGAUGUAUUUAAAAGAUGGAAGGCGAUGUUAAAAUGCACCUUAAAGAAUGGCUCAUAGCCCAAGUCGACAGUGAAAGGUUCGACGGGUUGCGGUGGGAGAACGGAGAGAAGACCAUGUUCAGGAUCCCCUGGAAACAUGCAGCUAAGAAGGACUACAGGCAGCAGGACGACGCGGCUCUCUUUAAGGCUUGGGCUGUGUACAAAGGGAAAUACAAGGUGGGCAGCGACAAGGACAACCCCACCAUGUGGAAGACGCGCCUGCGCUGUGCACUUAACAAGAGCACAGACUUCCAGGAGGUCCCCCACCUGAACCAGCUGGACAUCUCAGAGCCCUACAAGGUCUACCGCAUCGAGUCUGACCAGAGAGCAGAGUCUGAUCAGACGUACAGUCGAGUGGUCGUGGUUCAGACUGGAUACGCCAGUCUCCCACAGUCUCAGCUUGCUGACCAAUGGGAAAUAUUUGAAGAAAGGAAAGAAGAAAGUCAUGGUGCUUUGUGGAGGGAGCACACGUACUGUGGUUCAGAGGAUAGCCAGGCUCACAGUCACAUCCCUCUGGACCCCAGCCUCCUCAGCCCCACUCUGGCCAUAUCAGACUUCCGGAUGGAGCUGACGCUGUUCUACCGCGGGGAGCCGGUGAUGGAGCUGACCUCCAGCAGCCCAGAAGGGUGCUUCAUCCUGCAGGGCUGCGUGCCGCUGGGGAACGAGAGGAUCUACGGGCCCUGCAGCGCUCAGCAGCUCUCCCUGCCCUCCCCGGCCUCGCUGGGCUCCCUGGAGCCCGGCGUGGCCCGGGCCCUGGGUCAGCUCCUGUCCCAUCUGGAGAGGGGAGUGCUGCUCUGGGUGGCCCCGGACGGGCUGUUCAUCAAGAGGUUCUGCCAGGGCCGUGUGUACUGGAGCGGGCCCCUGGCCCCGCACACCGAGAAGCCCAAUAAACUGGAGAGGGACAGGACCUGCAAGCUGCUGGACAUGCCCGUAUUUGUAAAUGAGCUCCAGAACUAUAUGCAGAGGAAAGGCCCACAACCAAACUAUGAGAUUGAUCUCUGCUUUGGCGAGGAGUAUCCCGACGCUAAAGUUUCCAAAACGAUGAAGCUGAUAACAGUUCAUGUGGUGCCCCUGUUUGCCAUGGAACUGUUGCAGCGAUUGCAGCUAGAGCGGGUCGAGGCAGAACCGGACGUUCACACUCCCAAAGAAGCCAAGGAUGAGAUGUAAGGGGCCAGUUAUCCAACUAGAUGUAAGCUUCACAAGUUCACAACUACUCUCCAAGGAAAUCCUUGAUGUAUUCCUAAUAACCCAAGUAUAACGUGACAGUUAUACUUGGCAGUUGACAGUUCUGUGUAAAAGACAGAAUCAAAUAACUGAGGUCUGUUUGAUAUUAGAUUUAUGGUUGCUUGCUCUAAUGUAAAGCAGUAGUGAUACUAAUGUGUGUAUAAUUUAUAUUUAGAGACUUUCUACAUGCCAGCGAUACAAUAUUAACAACAUUCUUUUCAUGUUAUAUUUAAUCUUCUGAGUAAAGUUAUUUUGAGUUAAGUGUGUUUAAUGUUCUUAGUCUACUUAUGAAUUGUAAUAAUUUAUGCAGUUCAAUGCACUGGAACAAUAAUCAAGUAUGAAAAAUAAAAUCACACCACCAAAAUUAAAUCUAUAAAGCUAUUUUUUAUUUAAUUCUAGCGAACAUCAUAUAACAGAUUCACCAUUUAAAAAAUAUACAUUUUAUAGCUAUAACAUUUACAAAGAAAAAAUCAACAGGUAAGGUGUUGUUCUUUUUAAGAAUAAAAAAAAAAAAACUAAAGUGAGAAAGUGUGCUAAUUCAGAGUAGAUACCCGUAUCUGAGUUUAAAAUACUUUCAUCGUUUUCCCUGCCUUCGUACAUACAGUACAUAAAACAAGCCGAGAGAGGAACAGAAGCGUACAGUACACAGGGGUCAAGAGUGUUCACAAAGCAUCCUUUCCAACGUGUUAAUAGCACCGGUACUCUUCAGCCAAGUGGUACUUUCUCAAACUUUCAUCAUUCGGAUU